GUUCAUAUGUUACUGGCAGUGGGUGCCGUACGAUGUUAGAACUCAGAGGUCCCACUGGGUAUCUUGAGCAGCUUGGUGAUAAUCAGUGUGGAGAGAUUCCUGUCUGGCUCAGGUCCCAGGCCACCGCUUUAAUGGAUGAAUGAUGGUUUACUGGAGAAGGAUGUGUUCUGAAAAGACUCUCAAGCAGCUCCUUCUCACUGCUCUGCUCCCUUUCGUCCUGCAGACACAAGUGAAUAAAGGGGAUGGUUGUGGUAUUGAAGUGAUGUAUCUUAAAGCUACAUUCAAUUACUCCAUCGGGGACACCAUGACUUUGAACUGUACGGUGAAGUUCUGUGAUUCAAAGACACCUACCGCAGGUUGGUGCAAGCAGCUUGUAAACGGUUGUGAACCAUUGCCAAAUGAAAAUGAGAGAUCCAAGAACCAUCCUUUUGAGAUGCUUAUGGUUUACACAAUCCCUUCCGUUAACCUGACUGACAGCGGCAGAUAUCAAUGUCAAGCCGAACAAAAUAAUGCAACGGCGAAAGGGCACAUCAUCACCGUGAAUGUACAUGGAGUGAAAGCGACUACUCAUGGGCCCAGCACCACUGGUGAAUUGAUACCAACAAACUCUACAAUGAUGACUCAAGGUCCUGUCAACUCCAUUUCCUGGGUCUCUUACGCCAUUAUUGCUGUGGGAACUGUGAGCGCUGUCGGGUUCAUUGUAUUGAUCACCUACUUCUGCAUACGGAACUUCCAUGAGCCCCUGGAUUCCGCCGAGCCCAGCGCCAGCAGCCAGCGGACCCAGUACCAUAAUAUGACUGAAAUUAAUGAGAAACCUACAAUUUAUGAAAAUAUGAAUGAAUUUUCUGAAGGCAUCAGCUCUUCGAGUCGCAAUCCUUUGACUGUUAAUGAGUCCAUUUCACCUCAAAGUCAGAAGAGGGAGAAACCCUCUUGCACAGAACAGCAAGACACCAUCAUCUAUGCCUCCCUGCGUGAAUCCGUGCUAAAUAGAAAAUCAUCUCUGAAGAUCACUAACAACGAAGACACAGAAUAUGCUGCCAUUAAUAUCAAACAUUAAGUGGAAUGGGUUUUAGCCCACAGUGAGAGACACCCCAGGAGAAAGGACAACGUCCAGAUAAUGGUUCCACUGCUUGCUAGGCAGGUUUGGUACCAAAACGUGCAAUAGACAACCACUGCUCCUGCUGAUACUAACAUAGAGCAAAUUGAGACGUUUCAUGACAGUAGCUGAGAUCUAUUCACACGCCAGAGACUAACUCACAGGAUGCAGGAUUCUGCUCUCACGGAAACAGUCCCUUUUGGCCAAAGCUGUUUAUAUCUUCUAUGUAUUUUUCUUUUUAACUAAAUCGGGCAAUGGGUUUACCGGGACUUCCGAACGUACGAUUUUGAUGAUUUGCAUCUUGUGAGAAACUGCUACAAGAGGAAAACUUUUAGCUCCCUUUUUUUUCAAAGUGGACUUGCAGAAUGUUUAUUUAAAUAACGCAUUUAAAAUCAAAUAUUUUAAUUACCGUAAUUAUAUUAAAUGGAUAAAUUUUUA